AUGGAUGAUACAUUAAGGUGUAGUGAAUCUUCUAAAAAGUUGUCGGCAACGGAGUGGCAUCUUGGUACGGAAAGUGACAUUUCCUUAGGGGCUGGUUCAGCGAGAUUUUCCUUACAACAAAAUCUACAUGUAUUACCUACGAAAGAGUUGGAACCGAAAAAGUCAUUUAUCCCAGCAUCUUUAAUGGAAAAACUGUCCUUUUUAUCAGCAUAUACGUCUACAACAAGCAAAAUUGAGAUCUUGUGUAUGCAACAAAAUAAUGUGAACAGGCAAUGUGAUAUGCUUUGCAAUGACGUUUUUGAAGUUAUACUUCUUUUGGCACAAUCAGCUAGUUUCGGCUUCGUAGAGCGUCGUCUCUGUCGAACGGAGCAC